AUUCCGACAGCACGUAAAGGCAGCAGCGUGCUUCAUAUCACCUCAGUCAAACUCAUUGAAAGAUAGUUUGCUACCUGAAGCCAGGAGAAAGGAGUCAUGGCUGCACUUUUUAAAGCAAGGAAAGCUCUCGCAGUGUGUCUCGCUGGCUGUCGAAGUCUGUCCCAGCUGGCAGAGUUACCGGAGACUCAUCAGCUUCUUAGACAGACGUGCAGAGACUUCGCCGACAGAGAACUGGCCCCCAUCGCUGCCAGGCUGGACAAGGAGCAUUCUUACCCUGCCAAACAGAUCCAGGAGUUGGGGGCGAUGGGGGUGAUGGCCAUGGAGGUCCCCGAGGAGCUGGGUGGAGCCGGGAUGGACUACCUGGCGUACAGUCUGGCUAUGGAGGAAAUCAGCCGAGGCUGCGCCAGCACGGGAGUCGUGGUGUCUGUAAAUAAUUCUCUCUACAUCGGGCCGAUACUGAAGAACGGAACAGAAGAACAGAAAACGCAGUGGAUCACGCCUUUCACCACCGGAGAGAAGGUGGGCUGCUUCGCCCUCAGCGAGCCAGGUAACGGCAGCGACGCGGGCGCGGCCUCCACGGUGGCCCGUCAGGACGGAGACGAGUGGGUGCUGAACGGAACCAAAGCCUGGAUCACCAACAGCUGGGACGCCUCCGCCACGGUCGUGUUCGCCACCACGGACAAGAAACUCAAACACAAGGGCAUCAGCGCCUUCCUGAUCCCCAUGCCCCACCCGGGCCUUUCUCUGGGGAAGAAGGAAGACAAGCUGGGCAUCCGAGCCUCGUCCACGGCUAACAUCAUCCUGGAGGACUGCCGGGUACCGCUGGACAACAUGCUCGGACCGCGCGGCGCUGGGUUCAAGAUCGCCAUGCAAACCCUGGACAGUGGACGGAUCGGCAUCGCUGCUCAGGCUCUCGGUAUCGCUCAGGCGUCUCUGGACUGCGCUGCGGACUACGCACACAAACGCACCGCCUUCGGAUCCCCGAUCGGCAAGCUGCAGGCCAUACAGAUCAAACUAGCUGACAUGGCUGUGGCGAUAGAGAGCGCUCGUCUGCUCACCUGGAAGGCCGCCCUUCUUCGGGAUUCAAAGAAGCCCUUCACCAAGGAAGCAGCCAUGGCCAAACUAGCGGCGUCUGAAGCCGCCACUUUCUGCUCACAUCAGGCGAUCCAGAUUCUGGGUGGGAUGGGUUACGUGUCGGACAUGCCCGCCGAGAGGCACUACCGCGACGCUCGCAUUACCGAGAUCUACGAGGGAACCAGUGAGAUCCAGAGACUGGUUAUCGCCGGCCAGUUGCUGAAGGAAUACCAAUCGUAGACACGCUUGUGUCGGCGCCUUUUGGUACAACGUGGACACAUAAUCUCCCAGAUCUGGAGUCAGAUAAGUCAGCCCGGACACACAACACCUCAUCCAUAAAGAGACAGAAGAACCAGUACGAGUUGAGCCGCAGCUUUUAUACGUUUUUGGCAGCAGGGUCGAUCGGAGACGACAGUACAGAAGUUCAGAGGAAAUUCAGACAGUUUUUUAAGUGUCCAUUUCCUUUUGUUGUCUGAAGGAAAUUCAGGAAUUAAUUUUUCACACUGUGAGCUUACGAUUUAUCUCCGCUGCCUUAAUGGGAAUAUUUGUGCAUCGCUGGUUUAAAGGGUCAUUUCACUUAAAAAAAAAAAUGUUUUAACAUAUUUUCUACUAGUAGUGUCGAGCCAUGCAUUUUCUUUGUGCAGUUUUGAGAGAUCAAACUCUGUCUUGGUGCUCAAAGAAAAGUAGUUUUUAGUCACCUUUUUUUAAUGAUGAAUAGAGAGGUGAAGUCCCUCCCCCUCCGUUGGACCUCCACGGGACCUUAUUUAAAAAGAAAUAUGUCCGAUUAGUGAACUGG